UGACUAAUAAUAAUAAACGAUUCAUCAUUCAUCGAUUCGUCAAGUAAUUGAUGAGGAUGAUAAUUGGAGGAUUAAAGACAGUGUUUUAAUUAACUGAAUAUCUUUUUUGAAGAAGAAGAUUUUGGAGAUGUCCACUGGGUCAAUUGGCGCUGGUGUCUUCUGGAAGGCAUCAUGGUGGAGUUUGAAUGGGGAAAAGGGAUUUUGGAGUUGUGCAACGGUUUUCUGGCCAUUUUUGGGUUUCCUCCGGGGUCUGGAGUUGACUGACAGGUUUUUGAAUUUAUCGAACGUCCAGGAAGCUUCCAGGACAUCCUCCGGAUAUGGAGCAGGAACCAAUUACCGAACCUGAUCUGGAGCAGGAAUGCGAGGACGUCGUCUUCGAGUUAUGCGACACCCGCGAGAGAUAUCCCCAGAAGUGUGCAGAGGAAUUAUCAAAAUCCCUGAGACUGAGAACUCAGAUAAACAGUGCUCCAGUGAUCCUGAAAUCCUCGGGGGCCCUGAGUCCCUCAAAAAUAACUGACGAACAGCUGGAGUUCUUCGGGACCCUCGUCGCCACGAAUCACGUAGACAAUCAGGAAUUAUUUAAAAUUCAUCUGGACAAUCUCCUGAGAACUGCCAAAGACCUGAAGACAGUCGUCGAGCAGGUGAGGGGAUCUGCGGACUGUACCAUCGAGAAUAUUCUCAAGAAAACGUAAAAAUCAACGAUAAUA